GAUGUUUGACUGAAAUUAUUUUCAAACCAUUUUAUAUGACAAAUGGUAUAGAAUUAAAAAAUAAAAAUUACAUAUUAAAAAACUACAUCAAAAGAUCUACAAAACUAGUAGUGACAAUAAUAUUUUAUUUUAUUAAAUUGCUAACGAAAAUAGAGAAAGAAAGUAAAUAAAGUUUGACCCUGUGAAUAGUAAACAGACAUUAUAAUUUGGGACGGGUACUCUUAGAGCACUGAGAGAGAAAGUUUGAAGCCGGGUUUGGUACAAAUUUUUCCCGUCUAUUUUAACGCCCCUGCACUCUGCUCCGUCUCUUCACAAUUCCGAAUCAUCUUUUCCAUUGGCCACUUCGCCGCCCGCCGACGCAGCCUUCUUCGCCGUCGACCUCCCCACGAAGGAGAACCCUCCUUUUAUAUCUUCCCUGGGAUUGCAUUUCUAAAUUGAGUUUGUUCAGAUCCCUUCGCCAAGCCCUAGGUGGCAAUUUUUAAAAGUUUGAAGACUAUUUACGACUUAUGGGAGACCACGAGGACUAUUUAUGCAUUUAACUCUUUUCUGGCUACAUCACUGUUCAAUGCUCUUCAUCUACCUUCCAAGUAUAUGAAUGGAAGCUCGAAGCUUGAUAUUUGGAUUUUCUUCUACAUCAUUACACACACAAAAACCAGACAUCACAUUCUUUCCGGCUCUUUUACCCGCUUCUACUCAAUCUCCUAAAUGGGUCCCUCUCAAACCACAAUUUUUUCUCAUUCCUCGCAUAUCAUGGGCCAAGAGAGUUUCCUCCAUUAAAGCAGUAAAAAGCAAGUCUCUUCAUACCCAUGAGAUUGAAUCCAGUGUAGAAACCCAGAAGAAGAAGAAAUUUGCUGUUUUUGUCUCUGGUGGAGGUUCGAACUUUAAGGCAAUCCACAAAGCGACUCUGCAAGGGAGUAUUCAAGGGGAGGUGGUUGUUUUGGUCACCAAUAAAAUUGAUUGUGGGGGUGCCAAAUAUGCCAGAGAUGGAGGAGUGCCUGUUAUUCUCUUUCCUAAACCAAAGAAUACAGAUGAGGGUAUGUCCCCUGAAGAUCUUGUAGCUGCUCUAAGAAAAUACAAAGUUGACUUCAUUUUAUUAGCUGGAUACUUAAAGCUUAUACCUCCUACGUUGAUUCAAGCGUAUCCGAGGUCAAUAUUGAACGUUCACCCUUCGCUUCUCCCAGCUUUUGGAGGCUUAGGUUACUACGGGAGGAAGGUGCAUGAAGCUGUGAUUGCUUCUGGAGCUAGAUAUUCGGGUCCCACAAUUCAUUAUGUUGAUGAAGAGUAUGACACAGGGCGUAUCCUUGCUCAGGCAGUUGUGCCCGUGCUUGCUAACGACUCCGCUGAUGACCUGGCAGCAAGGGUUCUCAACGAGGAGCAUAAACUGUAUGUACAAGUAGCCGCAGCGUUAUGCGAAGAAAGAGUAGUUUGGCGGGAAGAUGGCGUCCCUCUCAUCCAGAGUAAAGACAAUCCAAACCUAUACCUUUAGAAAACUAAUCCAUUGGAGAGCAUAGUAACGACCGCCCUCCCAAGGUAUGGUUUUCCAAAACAAAAACAAAAAAUCCCGUAGUUGUCCUUUGUCAUGUCAUAUCGUGUACUUUUUUUUAUUUGUGUAAUAUUGUUAUGUAAUCGCUCACUGCACAAAAGUUUGCUUAUGCCAUUUGUGAACUCGGAGGUUUGGUUUCGACCACACGGAUUGUUACGUUGUGUCAACAUUCGUUUCAUUCGUCCGGGAAAUAGACUUAGAUUACAAGUUUUGGUGUAUAACAUGAGAACUUAUGAAUGG